GAGCUCUGAGGAGAUUGUGUGGGAUUUUAUUGAGGUACAACAUUAGGAAUGAUGAUAGUUACUGAGGCGGACAAUUUUGAAGGAAACGUACGCUAUGCUGGAAAACAUUACGCUAGUACAGCUACCCCUUUGUUGGUGGUGAAGCAGGUGUUGACCUUUGUCAUCGUGCACUACAGUGUUGUGCAUGACAUCCUAAACCGCAAAUUCUAUGGGUAAUCAAUUCUUAUUGCAGCUUCGGUGUGCCUCCUUAGUAUAUGAUACCCAGUCGUACCAACCCCCGGUUCUUUCUAGUUAGGUAAUCGUGUACCCUACCUCAGAGCGCGUUCGUACAAUGCGAGUCAGGUGCUGAUUCAACUGUGAGUUGUGCCAUCCUCGCAAGGACAAAGCACGGCAACUGAUCGGACGAAGGGCGAUUGAGGGAUGCGACACCUGAUCGCAAAGUUUUGGAAUGGUUACGAUGUUCAUGUUACUGCAGUUGAGGCAAAACGUAAAUGCGAGUCCAAGUACGUC